UCGCCUCAAUUGCUCCACUGGCACAGUAUUUCAGUUUUUAUUGCGCAUGUCGAGGCGUUUUGUCCCUCGGCGGACACCGUUUUCCAGCCAAGCAAUGUCUGCACCUUCACCGAUUUCGUAGCGUGCAGAGUUCUAUCCUUUCCCCGACGCUGGGCAUGGCGAGCCGAAGGGCCCGGCAGCGCCUCAAGGGCGGCGGCGGCGGCGGCAGUGGGGAUGCGGGCCCGGCGGCGGAGAAGCUGGGAGAACAGCUAGGCAGCCGGGAGGCAGGCGCGGAGCCGCGGCCAGAGUCUGGAAAUAAAGCAGGGCAAGUCUGGGCCCCUGAAGGAUCCACUGCUUUCAAGUGUCUGCUCUCAGCGAGGUUGUGCGCAGCCCUUCUGAGCAACAUCUCGGACUGUGAUGAAACAUUCAACUACUGGGAACCAACACACUACCUCAUCUACGGGAAGGGAUUCCAGACAUGGGAGUAUUCCCCCGUGUAUGCCAUCCGCUCAUAUGCCUACCUGUUGCUGCAUGCCUGGCCAGCUGCAUUUCAUGCACGGAUUCUGCAGACUAACAAGAUUCUUGUAUUCUACUUUUUGAGAUGUCUCCUGGCUUUUGUGAGCUGUGUUUGUGAACUUUACUUUUAUAAGGCUGUGUGCAAGAAGUUUGGGCUGCAUGUGAGUCGAAUGAUGCUGGCCUUCCUGGUGCUCAGCACGGGCAUGUUCUGCUCAUCGUCUGCAUUCCUCCCCAGCAGCUUCUGCAUGUACACCACGCUGAUCGCCAUGACUGGAUGGUAUAUGGACAAGACACCCAUUGCUGUGCUGGGAGUAGCAGCCGGUGCCAUCUUAGGGUGGCCGUUUAGUGCAGCUCUUGGUUUACCCAUCGCCUUGGACUUGCUGGCCAGGAAGCACAGGUGGAAGAGUUUCCUCCUCUGGUCCCUGGUGGCCCUGGCUCUCUUCUUGGUGCCCGUGGUGGUCAUUGACAGCUACUAUUACGGGAAGUUGGUGGUUGCCCCCCUCAACAUUGUUUUGUAUAACGUCUUUACAUCUCAUGGACCUGAUCUUUAUGGUACAGAACCAUGGUAUUUCUAUUUAAUCAAUGGAUUUCUGAACUUCAAUGUUGCCUUUGCUUUGGCUCUUCUGGUUUUGCCACUGACUUUCCUUAUGGAGUACCUGCUGCAGAGAUUCCAUGUUCAGAAUUUAGGACACCCGUAUUGGCUGACCUUGGCGCCAAUGUAUAUUUGGUUUAUAAUUUUCUUCAUCCAGCCUCACAAAGAAGAGCGCUUUCUCUUCCCAGUCUAUCCGCUCAUAUGUCUCUGUGGUGCUGUUGCUCUUUCUGCACUUCAGAAAUGCUACCACUUUGUCUUUCAACGGUACCGCCUGGAGCAUUACACGGUGACGUCCAACUGGCUGGCGCUGGGCACAGUAUUCCUGUUUGGGCUCUUGUCAUUCUCCCGCUCUGUGGCUCUGUUCAGAGGAUACCACGGGCCCCUUGAUUUAUAUCCAGAAUUUUACAGAAUUGCCACAGACCCAACCAUCCACACUGUCCCAGAAGGCAGGCCCGUGAACGUCUGUGUGGGAAAAGAAUGGUAUCGAUUUCCCAGUAGCUUCCUUCUGCCUGACAAUUGGCAGCUUCAGUUCAUUCCAUCAGAGUUCAGAGGUCAGCUACCAAAGCCUUUCGCAGAGGGACCACUGGCCACCAGGACUGUUCCCACUCACAUGAACGACCAGAACCGAGAGGAGCCUUCCAGAUAUAUUGACAUCAGCAAAUGCCAUUACUUAGUGGAUUUGGAUACCAUGAGAGAAACACCUCGGGAGCCAAACUACUCAUCCCACAGAGAAGAAUGGGUCAGCCUGGCCCACAGACCAUUCCUGGAUGCGUCUAGGUCUUCCAAGUUGCUUCGGGCAUUCUAUGUUCCCUUCCUGUCAGAUCAGUACACGGUGUAUGUGAACUACACCAUCCUGAAGCCUCGGAAAGCAAAGCCGAGCAGGAAGAAAAGUGGAGGUUAGCACACCCCCAUGACUCCAGAGGACAGCCUGUGCUAACUAGGGCUUCCAUGGAGCCGACUUCCUCCAAGGCAUCCUGUUAAAGCUGUAAUAAAGGUCGUCCACCAAGAAUGCCAGAAUCUGGUGCUCUGAGCUCGUCAUGGUCUAUGUCAAAGUCUAAUCAAAGUCACACACUUCCUGCUCCUGGGUCUGUUCUGUAUGUGAGCUGUCUGCAGAUAGGCACAGUCCUAACUCCUGGGGAAGUCCAGUGCUCCACUCCACCUUGUUCUCGAUGUAGGUACUCACUGGAGGGAGAAGAGCAGAACAUGCUUGCAGGAACUGCGAAAGGACCUAACUCGGUGUGGGCUACCCUUCUCCACUCUCUGGCCUGCAUCUGAGAACUACCAAGCCUCCCUUAGACUACAUGGUUUCUCUCUCAGAGCUGUUUGGCAGCUCCUAGCAGGCCUUCUUCAAAUCCUACUGCUGAAAAGCAGCUCAGCCUAGUUGCCAACCAGAUAUGGCCUUUUCCCGGCAGCAAGACUUGGCUUCUAAAGUGUUCGCAGGACUGACACUGUCCUGAAGCUCAGGAAAAAGGCGACCACUGAAGAACUGUGACCUAAUCAUAUUAUUUAUGAUGCCUCUAACUUUCCUUUUAUUUUCUUUAAAACUGGUCUUAAUUAUAUGGCUUUUUGGGAA